AUGUACUCAGGUUUCGACUGUCUUAAAAUUCCAGGGAGCUUCAAGCUAUUGACUGACCCCCAAAUCUUGACGCAUCCCACUGUGAGCCCAGGCGUCGAUAUCUUUGGAGAUGGCAACAUGGAGGUUGCUGUUAGCGAGUUUGAAAAGCAGCAUAUAUGCAGUUAUUAUUGCGAAUGGCCAGGUUUUGGCCUACAUUCUUUCGCAAAGCAGGCAGAUGGUAGCGUAGAUGACACUGCCAAGUCUGCCAAGUCUGCCGCCGAUGGUAGCGUAGAUGAUGGCGCUGAGCCUGCUGCCGAUGGUAGCGGCAGGGAUGAUGCUGAUGUCUCUUGAGUAAUAUUCAGUUUGCUGUAUCGUAUCUUUGGUUGGCCAGGCUGUGCUUGUAUGUUAUUUCGAUGUUCUCGAUAUUUGAU